AUGAAGAUAAACUGCAUUGUGUUGUUCGUAUUUGUCUCUGCUGUUUCCGCUCAAUUUCCAAAUGGCAGAAUUUUAGAAGGACCUGUACCAAGUCUCUGUGCCCAGCGGAAUAUUCAUGAACGUACACCUGAUGGCAAGGGGUAUUUUAUGAGCUGGAGGGAUCCAGGUCUACGCGGAACUGAGGAAGACUGGUUGGGUGCUCGUAAUUACUGCCGACAACGUUGCAUGGACUCUAUAUCUAUUGAAACCAGUGUCGAAAAUGAAUGGAUUAAGGAAAGAAUCGUUAGAGAACACGUAAAAUACAUUUGGACAUCUGGCCGCCUCUGUGAUUUCAAAGGUUGCGAACGUCCCGAUUUGCAACCCGUUGCGAUUAACGGGUGGUUCUGGACCGCCGUCUUCCAAAAAUUGGCACCUACCACUACGAGGGAUCAAAACGAUUGGUCUGAAAACGGUGGCAUUGGUCGUCCGCAACCCGAUAAUCGUGAAGCCCAACAAGGCGGUGCCAGCGAGAAUUGUUUAGCCGUUCUCAAUAACUUCUAUAAGGACGGUGUUAACUGGCACGAUGUCGCUUGCCACCAUCGCAAACCGUUUGUCUGUGAAGAAAAUGAAGAGUUAUUAAAAUACGUCCGUUACCACAAUCCUCAUUUGAAAGUUUAAAUUUGGACCGCUUGUGUUUUUCCAAAAAUUGUUAUCUGUUAUUACCAGGAGGGAUCAAAACGAUUCUCGGUGAAUGCGAAUAAUGUUUAAUCGUGCAGGUUGGUUUUCUGUAUGUCAUUACCAUGUA